AUGCUUCUGUCUCUCAUCCUCCUCGCUACUACCGCAGUGGCCAUACCCUCUCCGUCGGCCUACGACUAUGGCUUCGACGUGGCCAAGUUGGUCAAGCGUCAGACGCAGGAUCCAAUUAUUGUCACCAAGCUUCCUUCUAUAAACGGAACUAUUCCCAACCGUCCCGAUAUCAGAGAGAUGAAGGACAACCCCUUCAAGUGGAAUCUCUUUCUCCUCGCGUCAAGCAUGCUCCAGUUCACAAAUCAAAGCGAACAGCUGUCGUGGUAUCAGAUCGCAGGUGUUCACGGUGUUCCAUUUGUUCCCUGGAACGGCGUACCCGGCGAACCGGGAGGCGAAGAAAGGGGCUACUGCACCCACAUGUCCAUUCUUUUCCCAUCGUGGCACCGCGUAUAUCUUGCUUUAUACGAGCAAAUUCUUUUCCAACUCGUGCAGCUGAUUGCCUCAUGGUUCCCGGACGCAACGGAACGAGCUUACUAUCAAGCCGCUGCGAUAGACUUCCGAAUUCCAUACUGGGACUGGGCCACUACACCGCCGCUUGGAGAAAGCGUCUACUUAUCUGAAUUCGAGGAGCCUGCAAUCCAAGUCUAUGGUCCCAACGGAUGGCAGACCAUUGCCAACCCGUUGUACAGCUACAAGUUCCGGCCGCUGGACCCGCAAGUCUUUUCCCAAGGUGAUUACAAGUUUCCCUAUUGGACAGAGACAAUGAGAGCUCCCUUCGAGACAACGGACAACCAGAGCAUAGCGCACGCGAUCGAGCAUGCCAGACCUGCGCUUCAGCAACGACUCUAUACUCUCCUUUCCAAUUACAAGGAUUUUGAACCCUUCAGUAACAAAUAUUGGGGGGCGGCGUCGAAUCAGACACAAUACGACUCGGUGGAGGCUUUACACGAUGCCAUGCAUGUAUUAGUGGGCGACCGCGGCCAUCUGUAUUACAUUCAGUAUUCGGCAUUCGACCCAGUGUUCUUCUUGCACCAUACUAUGGUGGAACGAAUUGUCGCCAUGUGGCAAGUUCUGUACCCUACCGCCUGGGUCACUUCCCAAGUCGCAAUGGAGCCUUCUUUCACCAUGCCGUCGGGGACCGUUCAAAACUGGCUUACGGAACUCAAGCCAUUCUACGCGGACGCUAAUGGCACCUUUUGGAACUCGGCGAUGGCCAGAGACACCACAGCCUUCGGAUAUUCGUACGCGGAAACAAACCCAAGUUUGGGAAUCCACAAGUCCGAAGAACAGGCUCGCCUAAUAGCAACCAUCAAUAGACUCUACGGCUCGUCCAGUCCCUCGGGUCUAGCUUGGAAGCAACGAAGAGCCGCGUCCAAAAGAGAAUGGGGACCGCUAUCCCAAGUUCGAAAAGGAACUAGUUCAAAUCAUGUGCUGGACUUCUCACAAGAUCCGGACUUUCAGACCAACGUAGUGACUGAGGAUGACAUAUACACUGAAUGGAUUGCCAAUAUCCACGUUCAGAAUGGAGCGUUGAAUGGCUCGUUUGCGAUCCAUUUCUUCCUAGGUGAAGUCCUCGAAGAACCCACUACUUGGACAACUGCACAGAAUCUCGUCGGAUCAAUGAGCAUUUUUGCGAUGAAAAAUAUGCGUUCAGGCAAUCAUGUGUCCGGGACGGUUCCUCUGACAUCGGCCUUGAUGCAUAUGGUUUCGGUGCGAACCAUCACUGGGCUCGAACCCGAUGAAGUUAUACCGUACCUUGAAAAUCAUCUUCAUAUUCGGGUUGUUGGAGAAGAAUCAACCGAAAUUGAGGCGAGAACAAUAGAUAGCCUACACAUCCAGAUUGCAAGCGCCCAUGUUCAAGCAUCCAGGCAUGAGUGGGAGCUUCCAAGAUGGGGUCCCAUGGUGGAGAGAUUCGUGCUGAGCCUUAGCUAA